GCCGUUCUUCACAAACUCAUUUAGUUUUACGGGUGCCUGUCUGUUAGUUUGCGUUCGUCUGUGUUGUAACGACCGGUUAAAAGUUAAACGCGGUACUUGAGCUUGUGUUAUAUCUGUUCAUGGUCAAACUCGAGCCAGUGUGAAUCGGUUCACGACAGAAAGCGGAUCUCCUGGAGCAGUGAGAGCUGAAACGGAGUUUGAGUUUGAGACAUUUAGCUGUUGUUGACUUGCGUCGCUGGCGUUAAAAGCCUCGUGAGAGUUCUGAUACGUUACCUGUCAUUGACGCCAUAACGGUUUUAUGUGUGAUAUACACACUCUCAGCGCGUUUAUUGUUAAACGGCAGUGUUCUCGAUAUGACCGGUGUGGAAGAUGUUCCUCUGUGCAACUCCGUUGAGGAGUUGAGCUCACUGGAGGAGUUCAACUCUGAUACUAAUGGAGUGGCACCGUGUGCUGUAGCAGAAGAGCUUGAGCCGGAGGAUGACCCAGUCCCUGAGGGGGCUCGACCCAUCCAAAUUGUGGUUGCGAAUGAGGAUGAUCAUAAGUUUGAGUUGGAUGCCGCUGCAUUGGAAAAACUCCUGAUGCAGGAACAUGUGAAGGAUCUUAAUGUGGUUGUGGUGUCUGUGGCCGGGGCCUUUCGCAAGGGGAAGUCCUUCCUGCUGGACUUCAUGCUGCGUUACAUGCAUAAAAAGUCAUCUGAGUCAUGGAUGGGAGGAGACGAUGUGCCACUGACUGGUUUCUCCUGGAGGGGAGGCUGUGAGAGAGAGACUACAGGAAUCCAGGCCUGGAGUGAGGUUUUUGUUGUGGAAAAGGAAGAUGGAACGAAGGUGGCUGUUCUGCUGGUGGACACUCAGGGAGCCUUUGACAGUCAGUCCACCAUCAAAGACUGUGCCACGGUUUUUGCUUUGAGCACCAUGACCAGCUCUGUGCAGGUUUAUAAUCUUUCUCAGAAUAUCCAGGAAGAUGAUUUGCAGCAUCUUCAGCUGUUCACAGAAUAUGGUCGACUUGCAAUGGAGGAGAUAUAUGAGAAACCAUUUCAGAAACUAAUGUUUCUAAUAAGAGACUGGUGUUACCCCUAUGAGCAUGGAUAUGGGCUCAAAGGAGGGAACCGCUUCUUGGAACGGAGACUAAAGGUGAAGCAGAAUCAACACGAAGAGCUGCAGAAUGUUAGGAAACAUAUUCACAGCUGUUUCUCCAGCAUAGGCUGCUUUCUGCUGCCACAUCCAGGUCUGAAGGUGGCCACCAACCCUCACUUUGAUGGCAGACUGCGAGACAUUGAUGAUGAGUUCAAGAAGGAGCUGCAGAAGCUAGUGCCUUUACUUCUGGCACCAGAGAACCUGGUAGAGAAAGAGAUUGGUGGAGCUAAAGUCACGUGCAGAGACCUGCUGGAGUAUUUCAAGGCAUAUAUUAAAAUCUAUCAAGGGGAGGAGCUUCCACAUCCUAAAUCCAUGUUGCAGGCAACUGCUGAAGCGAACAACUUGACGGCUGUCGCUGGAGCGAAAGACACUUAUAACAGAACCAUGGAGCAGGUAUGUGGAGGUGACAAGCCAUACAUUGCCCCUGUUGACCUUCAGCGCUAUCACGAAGAGUUUAAGAAAACCUCGGUGCAACAGUUUAGCGCGGUGAAGAAAAUGGGCGGCGUGGAGUUCAGUCAGCGCUACCAGCAGCAGUUAGAGACGGAGCUGGAUGAAGUGUACACGAAUUUCGUGAAACACAAUGAAAGCAAGAACAUUUUCUAUGCAGCGAGAACUCCAGCCACCUUGUUUGCCGUCAUGUUUGUUACCUAUAUGGUCUCCACAGUAGCAGGGUUCAUUGGGCUGUCAGUAAUCGCGGCUCUGACCAGUCUUGUGAUGGGGGUGUCGCUGCUGUCGUUGUGUGCCUGGGCGUAUGUCAGAUACUCAGGAGAGUAUCGAGAAGUGGGUGUGGCCAUAGACCUCAUAGCAGAGGCCCUGUGGGAACAGGUGCUGAAGCCACUCACUGAGCAAUACAUGGAAGAAAAUGUCCGACAGACUGUUGUGAACUCUAUAAGAGCCACACUAACAGAUCAGGUGACACAAGCUACAAAGUUGAAGACCAACUGACAGUUUGCUGUGCCUUAUCUCCCCUGUGUUUGAACAACCACUGCUUUUAUGUUUUUGUAGUUUAUGUGAUAUUUGGUCAUGUAGACUCUAACCAAAGUUUACAGCAUACUUUACCCUGACCAAUAUACACACCGACAUGCUGACUGACACUGUAACACCAACGGACAUAAGUACAGAUGCUUAGAAAUUCAGGUUUAAACAUGAGGUAUACACGCAGCGUUCGAUUUCUCUUGCUUUGAGGGAUUAUUGAGGGAGGCACUACAAAUGUUUUACAAUCUGAAAGUGAAUUUCAACAGUAGAUGUUUAAACGCUUAUGUGCUUAACGGUUGAAUUACUGCUCUCAGUGGAUGAUCCGUAGCAUUUUCCAUUUUUGCCUUCUAGCACACAGUGUGAAAACGUAAUCGCAUUUUGCUGGAUUUCUUGUGAGGUAUUUUUUAGAGCCUUAAAGGAAUGCUGAGGUUGUAAAUCCAUCCAAGACACCCCUCUAUUGGGCCUCUUUUUGUACAGUGUUGUUUUAGACUAUCAUAGCCUCAUGCAUGUCAAUCAUUGUACAAAUAUCAGGUGUAGAGCACAAGGAUUUAAUUUUUAAUGUUUUGAGAUGAGAAUGAAUGUGAUGCUGUAUUUGCCUUUUGUUGUGCUUCAGAGCACCUUUCAUUGUGCACAGUCUUCUGACACAAGGCAGUGCUCACGGAAGACUUGAUUUGUCAGUCUUUUAAGGUUAUGCCAUGUAAUUUAUUUUUUAAACAAUUAAAAUAUUUAAAAA